AUGGCAGGUCGCCCGUUGCUGGUCCCGGCUGUCAUGCUGCGUCCUCCUGGACCGGCGUUGGGCUCGAGGGCCUCGCUAUACGUCGGCGACCUAGAUGAUGGCGUGGCGGAGGGGCAUAUCUACGCCCUGUUCUGCCAGGUGGCGCCCGUGACGUCCCUCCGUGUCUGCCGGGACGUCACUGGCAGGUCAAUUGGUUAUGCCUACGUGAAUUUCUACAGUCGGGAGGACGGUUAUGGCUUUGUGUCGUUUACAACUAUUGAAGUUAUUGACGGGAUGAACAGGAAGAUAGUCGGCAAAAAGCCAUUGUAUGUUGGUGUAGCUCAACGCAAAGAGGAAAGACGAGCGAUGCUAGUGAACACAGGAGUUCUAGCACCCGCAGUACCACAAAAUUUUGCUCCCCGUCAGUUCUACGUCAGUCCAGGAGUGCCUGGCAUGUUCCCACCACAGAUGGUGUACCCAAAUACCAACCAAGCCUUCACAUACAUGCCAAAUUCUAUGAAUGUGAAUGCCAACUCUGUGAUGGUUCCCCCUGGCUUCGCACAAACUGAUAGUACUGUCUCUACUCCAUCUGUUCCAAGCAAGAACACCACCACCACUGCUGUAGAUUCUUCUUACCUGGAGAAACAACAUCCACUUGAGCCAGAAUUAGGAGGGAAGGUGACAGGGAUACUGGGUGAAGCAAUGGAAGCUCUGCAAGCAAGGAAACUGGAAGAGGCCAGGGAUACUGUUGACCUCGCGACCAUACCAUCAUCAUCGACCUUGAGUGUUAGCAGAGAUGCUAUUGACCCCGCUUCGACAGCGUCGUCCUCGAGUGCUUCCGCUGACGGUGCUAACCUUGCUCCGUCACCAUCAUCCUCGAGUGCUUGA